AAACAGGACUUCCCAGGGAAUACACCAUGUCUGCUCCAGUGCUUCAAGUGGCCACAUGCGCUGUGUUGCUCACAGUUUCAGGGGUUUGGGGAGCACCAUUUGCAUCUGAAGAAGAAGCCAAUCAGUUUUUACGCCUUAAGAGACAAGCACCUUAUUCUCAAAGCUAUUGGGACCCCAGCAGCAGCCAGAAUGCCUGGGGCUUCACUGUGGCUGAACAGGCUGUUGAAUCCUGGACUGCCCUGAGGACAACUGCACAGUAUUACAUGGACUUAGGAUCUUUUUCAUUUUAUCCAGACACAACAAGGGACCAGAUUCAGUCGUACAUGGAUAUGUUACAGCAAUCUGGAACUCAUUUCCAGCGGCAGACGAGCCGACACAACUAAACAGGCGGCUGUCCACAGGCCUGUAAUUGUACACAGAGAGAUACUCCUUUGAUCAGAGUUUGAAGUCCAUUGCUUACAUCAACUCGACUCUUACUAAAAUAUCGCAGUCUGAGACUGUUUUGUUUAUCAGCUAUUUAGUAUCCACGGAGCUGCCAGAAACAUCUUUACUAGCCCUGGAUGAAGGACUUUCUGGACACAACCUAGACAAGAUGAUAGAAUCCCAUCUGAAAUAAAUAGGAUCUGCUUCUCUUGUUCAUGGCCAGUUAUUACUUGCAAUGGGGCUUCACACACAAAAAAACUUCCUUGUUCCCUAACUUUGGAAGAAAACUUAUUUGGAAUACACAUAAUAAUACUGGAACGUUCUUAAUAGGCCAAAAUAUCUGUGAUGCUAGGGAUGCAGGACUGGAUCACCCCCUAACUUGUAAUUUAGCUGCAAAAACUAGCUCUUGGGGAAUGAGGUCCGUGGUGCCAGGGAAGGUGCAUGUGUGUGUAAAUUUCCCCUCAUGUUCUUUCAAAGAUCAAAAAUUCUUCCUUCCACCUACACAGUACCCAAAGCCACGGUAGGGUAAAAAGUCAGGUACCUGUAGGGUCUCUGUCUUUUUUCCAUACUGGAGCUUAAAGUAGCCUGGAGGGGCAUGAGGUUCGCAUCAGGGAAAUGACAGAGGGGAAAUUACCUCCAUUCUUCAACCCUUAGGAUUUUAAACUACAUUUUAACAGUUGGAAGUUUUGCUCUUUGCAAUAAAUUUUGGAAAUCAUGGCCCCAAAAAGGGGCAGGGGGAGAAGACAGGUACUACCAUCUCUUGGCUUGUUGUCUCCCUUCCCCUGGCUAAUAAUACCAUGUAGGAUGGUUUGGGUUUGAUUGGCAAAAACAUGUGAGAGAGGAAGCAUUAAACCCCAUUGACCUCCAUGUCACAACUGAAGUUGUUUGAGAAUGCUGUUUGCAUUUGUAAAUGCUGAUACAACCCAGUCUCUGAUCUCCCAGCAUCUCCUGUUGUUAGACCCUCAGGAACCAGCGAAUUUUAGUCUUAUCCCCAGAGGCCUCAGGGCUGUGCAAGAGAAGUUCACUUUUAAACUCCAGCGUUUCAUUGCUAAGUAGUAGAAAUCAUUAUUAAUAAAGAGAACAGAUUGAUGUUUGUACCUCCCUCCCCAGUAUUAAUGUGACAGAGAAAUUGUGGUGGGUGCAAUAGUUACAGUGUCGAACAAGUCUUAAAGCCAAGCUACAAGUGACCCCUUACACAGGUUGGACACUUGUCAGCUUACCUCAAGUUUUGAUGGGAAAUGUAGGUGUUCUGGUUUUACAGCUUGGCUCUCCAUUACAGCUGCAAGACCAGGAUGCCUACAUUUCCCAUCAAAACUUGAGGGAAGCUGACAAGUGUCCAACCUGUGUCAGGCGUCACUUGUAGCUUGGCUCUUAGCGUUCAAAUGGCUGCUGCACCACAACACUUAUUGGAAGACCUUGGGCACCAUCUUCUUUUAGCCUAACUUACCUCACAAGGUUGUUGUUAAGUAUAAAAUGGAAAAGUAUACCAUUCCUGAGCUCUUCAGAGGAAUGAUGGUAUAAAAAGUUACCAAAAUGUACUAAAUAUCCAGAAAAAAAUUAUUCUUCAUCACAACAGAAACUAAAACAUUAACUUAAAAAUCAGAGAGAGGAGUAAGCUGAAAAUUAUCUGGUUUGGCAAGCCACAUAUGAGAAGUGUUUAUUUCUUGAAAGCCUCAUUGUAGGGAAGGGGCAUAUUUAUGAGAGCAAGCAGGCUUGGAAGAAUUCCAAGAAUUUUUUACCUUAUGAUAAGAUUUCCCUGUAAGAAAUGAUUGUGUAAACUCAGCCUAGUAACACAACAGCUUGUUUACUCAGAAGCAAGCCCCACUGGGUUCAAUGGUCUGUUUCAUAUUGUCUCCCCUGGUGGAUGCUCUUGUACCGAGUUUCAGAUAUGUAUUUGUGACAGACGUGGUUAAAAUACCAUUACGAAAGCUGCUAAAGGUGUUUGCAUAUGUGUGACUUGGAGGAAGGAAGAGCUGAGAAGAAAAAGUACAUCUCUGUGCCCCCCUUCUCACUCUCAGUCAGCGUCUCUGAACUUGGGACAUAGCUUUUCUUUUUCACCGGACCACAGUUAUAAGUGUUGGUGUAUCAUAAAGUGCAGCUUGGCCCUGCUUCUUAUUCCGAGCUUCUUCAUAGGGCUAUUGUGCGAAUGUGAUAAAAAUGGAAAACAUUUUGUACUCAGGAAAGCACUACAAUAAUUUCAGUAACUGUUAAUAGGAACUGUUGGUUCAAAGCUGAUCAUCUUUUGAUCUGAGCCUAUCCUUGAUUUUUAUUAUGCUAAACAAAGUUGAAAGACUUUUAAUAAAGGAGGACUCUAAAAGAGCAAAGAAAGUGACUCCAUUUCUAAGUGAUAGCCCCCCCUUUUCAUUAUACAGAAACAUUUUAUCUUUGGGUUGAAGAGAUUAAUUUCUCUACCUCAUUAGUGUGGAGAAAAUCAAUCAAAGCUGCAGCUCCUCUGAUAAAAGCUUUGUGCUGUCUUCAAAUCUUCUUUGUGCUUUCAUUAUCCAAUUUCAAAUUUGUUUGGAAAUCUCCAGUUAAAUGUUCUUCUACUUGGAGAAUUUGUAUGUUUCAUAGACCAAACUUGUAUCUAAUGAGAGAGUGCUUGACCACCACAUUCACUAGGUUAAACAUCUGUGCCCCCAUACCUUCUGUUCCCUUUCAGUCUAGCUCCUGACUUUUUAAUGUACUUUGAAAGUUACUUCCUGUAAUCAUCCUGUAAUCAUUCCUGUAAUCCUGUAAUCAAUUCCUGUAAUCAUACUAGAGCCAGUUUGGUGUAGUGGUUAAGAGCAUGGAACUCUAAUCUGGAGAGCCCGGUUUGAUUCCCCACUCCUCCACUUGAAGCCAGCUGGGUGACCUUGGGCUAGUCAUGGCUCUCUGGAGCUCUCUCAGCCCCACCCACCUCACAGGGUGUUUGUUGUGGGGAUAAUAAUGGCAUACUUUGUAAACUGCUCUGAGUGGGCAUUAAGUUGUCCUGAAGGGCGGUAUAUAAAUCGAAUGUUAUUAUUAUUAUUAUAAAUGUGGAUGUGCACCAAAAUUUCAUUUAUAUUCACUUUUAGUUCAUUUGCUCUUUAAUAAUUGUUUGUUUUCUUUGUAAAUAAAUUUAUUUAUUUAUUA